AUGGCUACUCUUCUCCAAAUCCUCUUACUUCUUCUUUCGAUCAUCAACCGCCCCACCACCACUGCCGCCGCCUACCUCCCUCCAUCUAUGCCGGAAGAACAAGAUCAAGCACCACCACCAUACAACUUGUCCACUCUCCUUUACACCCUCGGUUUCCACGAUCUCUCCGUCGCUGCCACCUCCUCCGCCAUUAACACCGCCAACCUAACCACCAUCUUCACCCCCACCGACGUCUCCCUCCGCUCCUGCCCUUACUGCUCCCUCCCUCUUCUCCUCCUCGAACACUCCAUCCCUGGCCUAUACCCUUUCCGUCUCCUAAGCAACUUAGCCUUAGGCACCAAAAUUGAAACCCUAGCCUCCACACCUACCACCGCCCUCUGCCUCACCCUCACCAAAUCCACACCGGAGAACUCCACCAUAGAUCCCACGCUCUUCGUCGGAGGAGUCGAGAUCACGCGACCUGAUCUCUUCAACGACGGCACCAUCAUCAUCCACGGGAUCCAAGGCUUCCUCGCACAUCUCUCCCCCUUUUCAUGUCAGAUAGAACGGAUGACUUCUCUCUCGUUCCCGUCGCAGCCGGCCUCCUCCCCUCCCUCCACCGUCAUGCGUACGUUGCUUAAAGACGCCAUGAUCCGCCUUCGGAUGAGCGAUUACACCGUCCUCGCACUCCUGAUUCAAGAAAACCUCGAUCAACUCUUGCAAUUGAACAGCAUGACGAUAUUCUCCGUCGAUGACGCCGGUGUGUUUGGCGACGGACACACAUACGUCUCUAAUCUGAGGUUCCACAUUGUUCCUAACUUGAGAUUGAUGGCCUUAGGAUUGAUGAAUCUGCCUUCAGGUUCAGUAUUGCCAACGAUGGAGCCCGGUGAGACGUUAGUGGUGACGGUGGCAGGAGGAGAAGGUCUAUUGUCGCCGAUGAGGAUCAAUAACAUCAAGGUUACGGGCACCAAUAUAGUGUUUAACGAAGGCAUCGUCGUCCAUGGAAUCGCAGCUCCUUUUCCACGUGUCCAUCGUACAACCAUGGGAUUUUGGCCAGAUCAGACGGAGACCAUAAAUCUUGGGCCCACAACAACGUCAGAUACGUAA